UGGCAACACUGUCCGUCUGAUUAUUUACGCUACUGUCAUAAUGAUUAUGAAAUACACAGUGUUCUAUGUUCUGUGUUAUACUGUCAAUACGUAGUUACUACGUUUCCAAAUAAUGUUCGAUAGUGCCGUGGGGUUCCCCGUCAUCAAUAUAUCGUCCACUCCCGAGUUCAAGAAAAUCUGCUGACAUUUAAAUUCAUUGAAUUAGUUAAAAUGGGUAAAAAGAGAGGAAAUAAAAAGUUCAGAGCAUUUGAUGCCGAUGAAAAAAGAGAAUUUGGAAACAAUUCAGCACCUGCUGUAGAAAACGAUGCAGUAGGAACGUGCAAAGAACAGAAAAUUGACGGAAAUGGUGGUAAGGAGAAUCCCCCUGUUCAUUAUGAGAAUACCACUGUUCAGGUUGAGAAUCCCACUGUUCAUGAUGAGAGUCCCACUGUUCAUGAUGAGAAUCCUAUCUUGAAAAGCGACACUUUCCAUGGGGUUCCGUCAUCUGUUACAAUGAAAGAACUACCAGAAAAACUGGAAGCGGUUAAGUUGGAUUCUUCCCAAGAUAUCAAGAGUAAUAAUGAUAAUCAGAGUAGGCAGAAAAGUAAGAAAGAGAAGAGAUCGAAAAAACCUAAUUAUUCAAAAGAUUACACUCAGUUACCACCAACAGCUGAACAGGAAACCAAACCACCUAAAACGAAUGCUGCUGAGAAUACUCACAGAUCAUCAUAUGAUAUGAAACCUGCCCGUUCUAGUGCAACUAGUGACUGGUCAGAAGAAAUUGGUAAUGCACAGAUAGUUCCUGGUUCCCAGCAAGAGAAUGAAGGAAAGAAUAUAUGGAAUCCUGAUGCACAGGAAUUCAGACCAAAAGAAAAUAUUGGUAGAGAAAUCAGUCUAGAUGUGAAACCCGUGGAAUCACAAAAAUAUUCACAAAAUGAAAUGGCUCGUUUAGGUCAAGAAAGUUUUAUUGAAACUAGUCAUAAUAGAAAAAAAGACGGUAAUUAUAAUCAUCAACAAAAGGAAAGGCAUUCCAAUAUAUCCGACUAUCGAUCAAGACAAUUUUUCAAUAGUAGUAAAUCUGGGUCUAGUAACAACCACUCUGUUAAUAACAAUAGGAGGCCAAAGAAAUCAUUCAGUGAAACAGAUCGAGAGAGACGUACAGUAAAUUCUCAAGACAGACAUGAGGGAGGUGAUUCGAGUAAAAACAGGCAAUCUAGGAAACGGUCAGUUGAAGAUAGAGAGUCCCGUUCUACUGAUGAGAAAUACAGAAAUGUAGCAUCAGAAAAAUCUGCUCCGCAACCUGGUGAAGAAAAAUGGGAAACUAACGAAAAUAUCAAACAAGGAGACAAUCCAACAUCAUCUCACAAAAGAUAUGGAAGAUCUAAAGAAAAAAAAGGUAGAGGCUUAUAUUUUUCAACUUCAAAAGACAGACCUCAACACCAAAAUGGGAGCUCGAGGGGCUAUCAAGAUGGAGGAAAAAAUUCUAAAAAAGAACAUUCUUUAGAGAAAAAGCAUUCAACGACUGCUGAUAAUGAAUGUAAUAGUUGGGAAGAUUAUAAUGAAGAUAUUUCGGAAAGUAAAAAACACGAUUUUAACAAAGUAGCGACUUCCAAGGAAACUUUUGCGGCACCCCAGAACACUCGAGGUUUCAUUGACCCAAGAAUGAUUCGAGAAAGAGAAAAGCAGCUACAGAAUAUUGGUAACUGGAAUGAAUUUGAAACGCAGAGUGGAGGAAUGCAAAGCUCCAAAGAUAUUAAAAGUGAAAAAACAGGGCGGCAGGAAAAAAAUGUUGAUCAUAAUGAAGAAGAUUUUGAGUUACAGAAAAAUUUAAAUGAAACAGAGAAAAAUUAUGAUGGAUGGACUGAUGCUUAUGAAACCGAGAAAAAUUAUGAUGGCUGGACUGAUACCUAUAAAACCGAGAAAAAUGAUGAUGGCUGGACUGAUACUUAUCAUGUUAGUUAUGAUGACAAAACAGCGAAGCAGAGAAAAUCAUAUCCAGAAACGAAAUUCAAAGAUGAUGAUUCAAGGAUGUCACUAGGAGAUAAAAAAUGGUAUAGCAAGGUGGAAAAAAUUAAGAUGCAUGAAUAUGACAGAAGUUACGAGAAAACAGAUGACGAGUACAAAGAGUUCAAUUUAAAGUUUCGAUGGAAUGAAGAUUAUAAAUACGUCAAGGUUAUUGAGAAAGAACAAGAUUUGUUUAUGAUGCCAAAGGAGUAUUCUUUAGGACAUUGUGUUGCUGAAGACUUGAGGAUGGGCAGUGGAAUUGCUGUAACUUUCAAGAGGGAAUUUAAAGAGUUGGAUGAUCUUUUAAGUCAAAGGCAAAGACAAGGAGGGUUAGCGGUACUCAAGAGUGAAAAUAGAUAUAUCUACUACUUGGUUACCAAGAGACUUUCAACGGGAAAACCAACUUAUGAAACUUUCUGGAGUUCUUUGAAGAAAAUGAGGGAUCACAUAAUAAGUCAUGAUGUAAAAAAAUUGGCGAUUCCUAGGAUUGGUUGUGGCCUCGACAGACUAGACUGGGUCAAGGUUAAAUUCAUGAUCGAGUUUCUGUUCAAAGCGAUCGACAUUGAAAUUGUUGUCUGCAAUUUCCAGCAGAUGGAUGACACCCCUCAAAAAGAUAGUCAGUCUACCCGGCUAGUGUAUCAUCAUGAACCUCUCACAGAUAUAGACGAAUAUACAAUUAUUUUGUAUUUCUCCACAGAAGACGGUCAUGUAUCUACUGAAAUGCAGGAAUUGGAUAAAAAGUUCAGCUUUCUACCUACCUUCAAACGGUCUCCAAAGAAACUCGGUGUACCUGUAAGAAUAAACCCGAACAAGAGAAACUAUAUUUUAUAUGGUUGCAUAGUUAGAAAAAAAAUUAACGAGCUGUUCGAUUUUAGGGCUUUUGCAAAGUGUCUUUUGGAAAUCACUAAAAAUAAUAGGAGAGACAAGUAUGAAUACGUAGCUCUAGAACCUGUUUAUGAUGAACCUGAAGACUUGUUGAAUGAAAAAAUAAUUACUUUACUUAGGAAUUGUCUCAGACAUGUCGACAUUUAUUUAUGUUCACGUAAUAUUUCUGAAACAGACUUUAGUCGUGAUAAAAAGGAAAAACAAUAAUGAAAUUUAUUUGAACUGAAUGGACCUCACGGGUUUGUUACCUUUAUUUUAAUGAACAGUUAUAAAAGGAUUAUUCAGUGUUAAUUUUGUUGAUUCGGAAUUACUGAAUCGAAGUUUUAUCCUACUUGUGAGUAUAUAUUUUAUUUUUUGCUGAACCAAAUCUCAUAUUUUCUUUUUGGAUAAUUUCAAUGCUUUCACCAUUUCAUGAUAAAUUCGCAAUAGUAGUUCUGCGGACUGAUGGACAAAAUUUUUUGUCAUAUUUUAUACCAUAGAAGUUUAACUGAUUAUUCUUCACAUGAUAUUAAUCGAUAUUUUUUAAAUUUUAAUAUUUUUCAUUUCACAUGAUCCUAUCUCAGUAUAAGAAGGUUCAUAACUUCUGUUUCGGUCAUACCUUGUUGAAAAAAAUUGCCAUCCGGAUUGAACACUUUUUACAACACUAUAUUUUACUUCUUCAGUGUAACGUAUUCCUGUUUUGAUUAUUCUUGUGUCUUCAUUUAGACACUUUUUUUUUACUCUCUUUUAUGAACAUAAUGCGGAUUUCACACAUUUAUAGCGGUAUGAUUUUUUGUAGACCAAAAAAAAAUUUUUUUGCAAAGAUUGAGUCACGUCAAACGUUGAAAAUCGCUUUGGUCAAAACACGAAGCCCCAGAUUAAAAACGGGAGUACUCCACAAAACUUGUUUCUCAUUAUUUCAAAGUAGUUCAAUUGAACCCUGGAUGAAGGUAUCGCCUACUUGAAUGUUUGACAAUUUUUUUUCGUGGGAGUGAUAUUCUUUGUAAUAAUAACUCAAUGAAUUUUAUAUUUGAUGCUUUACAUAUAUAAACAACAAAUUUUUGUGCUAAAAAGUAUCAUUAGCCAGGUAUUAAUACAUUGGUUGCAGUUGCUUUGAGCAAACUGGAGUUUUUUCAGAAUUUUUCUGGAAGAAAGUGUGGUAGAGUUAACAAAAUCUCAUCUAACUUAGACGUGUUUUUUCCAAAGUGGUUAAUUAAACUAGCCAGAUGCCGUUUAAACAAGUUGGUAUUAUGGAGACUUUCGACAUGAGUGCCUAUUUCAUAUUAUAUUUAUUUCGAAAAAAAGUCGAAGAGACGAUUCAAGUUGUUUCCAAAUUAUCUGGAGAGGAAUUGAAAGUUAUCGUGUCGGAGACUAGAUUUAUUUUUUAAUGAAGUGUUUAAGACAUUAUAGUUAUAUUAUUAACCUAUCUGCUUUUUUCCUGUAACAGGGUAAAAUAUGUACUACUUUGUAAAUGCUUCAGUUAACCUUUAUUUGUAAAAUAAAUUGUCACAGAAAAA